AAUACAUUCAUUCUUUCAAUAAACGAACGGCGUCGGUCGCGCGCCAGUCGGGCGACAGACGUCUUAACUACCAGUUGUGUUUCAUUUUAAUCUUAGAUUUAACAGUGGCGACGAGGUGUAGCAGCUACUUAUUCUAUGUGCGCGUGCGAACUAUAUUUAUAAACAUGGCAGUCGGAAAAAUCGGCGAGUUUGAGGUGGGAAAAGACAUAUGGGACUUGUAUGUGGAACGCCUGGAACAAUAUUUCAUUGUGAAUUUAGUGAACGAAGAGAUGAAGGUGCCGACGUUGAUAACCAUGAUGGGAGCUGAAUGCUACGAGCUAUUGGUUACUUUAUGCACACCCCAUAAGCCUAAGGAUAAAGAGUUUCAUGAAAUUGUAGAUAUUAUGAAGAAACAUCUUCAACCCAAACCGAGUGAGUUGGCCGAGCGCUAUAAAUUUCGGCAUAGACUGCAAAAAGCCGACGAGUCAAUGGCAGAUUACGUCGCAGCUCUAAAAAAAAUAUCGAAAACCUGUGAGUUUGGUCCCUGGCUAGAUGAAAGUUUGCGUGAUCAGCUAGUGUGUGGCAUUAAUAAUGAAACCAUAAGGCAACGUCUGUUCGCUGAGGAUAAGUUAAACUUUAGUCAAGCAUAUCGCUUAGCAUCUAGUAUGGAAACUGCUGAGAGGGAUGCGGCGAUUGUGGUCGAAGGUCAUAGAAGGGCAUCGAGCGCGGGAAACACAACGGACUGUCAAGCGAUUACGGUAGGGGCAACAUGGCGGAGGAAACAUCAAGCGGGCAGCGCGCGCGACUACGGUGACAGCGGAGCGGUGCGGGAGACCGGCCAGCGGGGGGGCGGCGGCGGCUGGGCUCGACAGCCAGCGGCGCGUGCCUCUGUAUCGAACAAAUCACAACACGAGCGCGGACAUAUGCAGGCGCAAUGCAAGGCGUGUGGGGGUGCGCAUGAAACUGCGGCUUCGGCAGCGGGAGCGGGGGAUGAUGCAAACAACUGUCAGGAUAGUGACGUAAGCGAAGAGGUAAUUUUUAUUGAUAUUAAUAGGUUAUCUGCACGUCAGUGUGCACCAAUAAUGAUUCCAAUUGUCAUUCAGAAUAAGAAUAUUCAGAUGGAAUGUGACACGGGUAGUGCAAUAUCAUGUAUAAGUUAUGAUUUAUAUAAGAAAGAAUUUAGUACAAUACCGAUAAGAAGUUGUAACUUGGCAUUAAGAUAUUAUACGGGCGAAUUAGUACACCCGGUAGGGGUAAUUAAACCUACUGUCUUGUAUAAGAAUACAAAUAAAAUAUUGGAAUUGUACGUCAUUCGUAAUGGUAAAUCGGCUUUAUUAGGGAGACAAUGGAUCGCGGAAUUACGUAUACAAUUACCUAACUUAGAAUACGAUUGUGUUAAUAGGUUAGCGACCGACGAAGAAUUUAAUUUUAGUGCAUUUAGUUCCAGAUAUUGUAAUGUGUUCGCGGAUGGUCUGGGUCGGUUCUCGGGGCCGGCUGUGGGCAUACACGUUCGAGCCGACGCGCGGCCGGUGUUCAUGCGCGCGCGCCCGCUGGCGUACGCACUGCGCGAGCCGGUGGAGCGCGCGCUGCAGCAACACGUGCGCGACGGCAUCCUCACACCCGUCGAGCGCUCCGACUGGGCGACCCCGAUUGUGCCCAUCGUAAAGAAGGAUGGUAGUAUUAGGAUUUGUGCCGACUACAAGAUUACGCUAAAUAAAGUGCUGGAAAUUGACCGUUACCCGUUGCCUAAGGUUGAGGAUUUGCUAGUGCGACUACAUGGAGGACAGCGGUUCAGUAAAUUAGAUCUGUCGCAGGCCUACGCCAAUUCGUUUUGGAUGAUUCAAAAAAUACACGUCUACGGUUUGGCGUCUAGUCCGGGAAUAUUCCAACGUCGUUUAGAAGAGCUCUUCGCCGAUUUGCCUCGGGUGGGGGUGUUCCUGGAUGAUGUUAUUAUAACAGGAGAAACUAAGCGGGAACACAUGGAAAACCUCCAUAAGGUGUUCGACCGUUUGGAAAAAUAUGGACUACGAAUUAUAAAAUCAGGCGAAAAAUUUGUCUGGAGCAGGGAAUGUCAGGAUGUUUUUGGUAAAGUAAAGGAACGGUUAACGAGCGCCGAAGUGCUGGCGCAUUACUCGACGGAGCUGCCGCUGGUCGUGACGGCAGACGCCAGCAGCGUGGGCGUGGGCGCCGUGCUGGCGCACGAGACGACGGCCGGGGAGCGGCCCGUGGCGUACGCUUCGCGCUCGCUCACCGAUGCUGAACGACACUACUCGCAGAUUGACAAGGAAGCCUUAGCGAUUGUCUUCGCCAUACGGAAGUUUCAUCAAUACUUAUAUGGUAGAAAGUUUGUUUUGAGAACGGAUCACAAACCUUUGACACAUAUAUUAGGUGAUAAGGUGGGCAUCCCUAUUAUGGCAGCGUCCCGCUUACAGAGAUGGGCAGUACUUCUGUCAGGUUAUAAUUAUACUAUUGAGGGGCUGUCUUAUGUGGGGAUACAGAAUGGUGAUCCCGAAUCGUUGAGAAAGCUGGUUUUAAAACAACUACACAGCAGUCACAUGGGCAUCAUUAAGACUAAGUCUUGGGCUCGUAGUUAUGUGUGGUGGCCGGGCAUCGAUCAGGACGUGGAGGGGCAGUGCCGCGCAUGCGACACCUGCGCGCAAGAAGCCGAUGCGCCGCCGCGAGCGUCGCCGACGCCUUGGCCUUACCACCUACAGCCCUGGUCGCGCUUACAUAUUGAUUUUCUCGGCCCAAUACGAGCAUCAAACGGUGCCGCCGAAAAUGCCGUUAAACAGUGUAAACGAGCUAUUAAGAAGGCUUUUAGGGAUAAAGUUGAUGUGGACACCGCCUUGCAAACAUUUCUAUUAAUGUAUAGGAACACUAUUCAUAGUACUACUGGGGAAACACCAGCAAUUUUACUUCAAAAACGUAAAUUGCGGACACGAUUGGAUUUAAUACGAAACGAUGUGGGCUUGAAACAAAAGGUGCUUACGGUUCAAGAUAAGCAGGUCAAAAAUGCAGGUGGAGUGGAGCGAGAAUUUUCUCCAGGUGAUACAGUUUGGUUUAGAAGAUAUGGUGGUAACGAAAAGUGGGUGCGACGACGUACACGAUGGUCGUUGUCAAGCGGCACAGGUUCUAAUGUCCCCUCUGAACGCAGUGCCGUGUCGGCAACGAUCGCGGGCGGGGAUGAGGAGGCCGUGGUGCGGGGGUGUGCGGUGGUGGAUGAGAGUACUACAGAUUCUAGUAUACCAGUAGUAUCAGGAACUAAACAGUCCUGUAGCCCAGCUACAGUCAAUUCAAACAAUAGUUCUGAAUCCAGUAACGCUCGUACACCACAGUCACAGCAACUCCAGCUGCGUCCUAAGCGUACACAAAGACCAGUUUUAAGAUAUGGUUUCGAACCUGACUAA